AUGGUGUCUACCGGCGUGGCCAUGGCUGGAGGGGCCGCUGCCGGUGGUGGCCUGGCCUUUCUCCUUUGUACUUCCAAGUGCCCGGGAGGUGUCAAAGGUGCACUCUCCGGCAUGAUCGGAGCCAUGAAUCCUUUCAGCAUGCUCAUGAAGAAGGAUGAGAAAGAUGCACUGGAGGAGGAAGAAGAGGAAGACAGUAUGAAGAAAAUGGAGAAGCAGGUGGAUACCAUCGAGAAAGAGUUGUGCAAUAUGAACUGCAAGAUGGCAGGCUUGCUUGGAGGUGCCGCAGGCGCCGCUGCAGGCAACGUGGUGGCCAAGCAAGUGAACAAGCAAGAAGCCGAGGGCGGCGGUCUCCUCGGAGGAGGAGGGGGAGGUGGCUUCAAGCUUCAGAUGCUAGACGAGUGGAAUACUCCACAGUUCUUCGUUUUGACGAAGCAGAUCGACAACCUGCAGAGGGAUCUCCGGAGAUUGGAGCCUCAGAGAUGCGAGGCAAAGGCCGCGCAAAGCCAGAAUCAGCACACAGAGACGAGAAGAUCGCACGCAAAAUUCGACUUCUUCUAA